CGCCGUACACAUUAAACCCCCAAACAACAAAAACUCUCCAAAAAUCCCCAAUCCAAUUCUUCGUCAAAUUCUCAGCAAAGUUCUUCGAAAUCCGAUGAAUUCGCCUCAAAAAGUUUUUGUAAUUUCGUCGAUUCUCGUCCUCGCCGUCGCUGUGUCGGAAGGAUUUCCCAAUUCCGAGGACGAUUAUUGGUCUGCAAACCCUAGGUUGAUCGAAUUGCCCCAAAUUGAAGGCGAAUCGCACUGCGCCGCCUGGAUGACGGCGGCGGACAAUGCGGGGCGUUGGUGGAGGACGGUUCCGGAGGAGUGCGUGGAGUAUGUGCAGGAGUAUAUGCUGAGUGGGAAGGGGUACGACAUGGAUGUCGGAAGGGUGUCCGAUGAUGCCGGAGCGUUUGCGAGAAGUGUGAACCUGACCGGGGAUGGGAAGGAUGUCUGGAUUUUCGACGUCGAUGAGACUCUCCUUUCUAAUCUUCCGUACUAUGCACGCCAUGGUUUCGGAUCAGAAAAGUUUGAUAGCAAAAAAUUCGAUGAAUGGGUGGAGAGUGGAGCAGCAGCGUCGAUAAAAGCAAGUUUGAAACUAUACGAGGAAGUCCUAAAUUUAGGUUUUGUGGUCAUUUUGUUGACGGGCAGAAGUGAAGGCCACCGCAAUAUUACAGUUGAUAAUUUAUUACAAGCUGGAUUUCACCACUGGACUAAGCUCAUAAUGAGAUCUACGGAGGAUCAUGGGAAGACGGCAGUAGAAUUCAAAUCAAUUAAGCGAAAUGAGCUUGUCGAAGAGGGAUUUCGGAUAUUGGGAAAUUCGGGAGAUCAAUGGAGUGAUUUGUUGGGCUCGGCAAUGUCCCAACGAUCGUUCAAGCUACCUAAUCCUAUGUAUUAUAUUCCUUGAGUUACCGAUCUUUCUUUUUUUUUUUUUUUUUUCUUUUCAUUCAUAUAUAUAUCGGUAGAAAACUUGUCUUCAUCGAGUAUCAUAAAUCAAAAUGUGAUUAUUGACGAAUUUCAUUGUAAUAACUGAUUUAGAUAAAAGAUUUGUACAUAAUUAUGGGUGUUUUU